AUGAGUGCGGCUCGCCGCAGCCCCGAGCUGAUUGGCUGCGCGGGAGGCUCAGAGGGCUUUGCAGCGGGAGCACCGGGCACUCGAGUCCUGCAGCCUCUGGAGAAGGUCAAGGUUCUAUUCCUGGUCACGCAGUGCGUGGUCAUCCCGGCGGACUUGCGGCUGUGCCACAACGUGGGCUACAAGAAGAUGGUGCUGCCCAACCUGCUGGAGCACGAGACCAUGGCCGAGGUGAAACAGCAGGCCAGCAGCUGGGUGCCCCUGCUCAACAAGAACUGCCACAUCGGCACCCAAGUCUUCCUCUGCUCGCUCUUCGCGCCCGUCUGCCUGGACCGGCCCAUCUUCCCGUGCCGCUGGCUCUGCGAGGCCGUGCGGGACUCCUGCGAGCCGGUCAUGCAGUUCUUCGGCUUCUACUGGCCCGAGAUGCUCAAGUGUGACAAGUUCCCCGAGGGGGACGUCUGCAUCGCCAUGACCCCACCCAAUGCCACCGAAGCCUCCAAACCUCAAGGCACAACUGUGUGUCCUCCAUGUGACAACGAGUUGAAAUCUGAAGCGAUAAUUGAGCAUCUCUGUGCGAGCGAGUUUGCACUGAGGAUGAAAAUAAAAGAAGUAAAGAAAGAAAAUGGCGACAAAAAAAUCAUCCCCAAGAAGAAGAAGCCCCUGAAGUUGGGGCCCAUCAAGAAGAAGGAGCUGAAGAAGCUAGUCCUGUACCUGAAGAACGGGGCCGACUGCCCCUGCCACCAGCUGGACAACCUGAGCCACCACUUCCUCAUCAUGGGCCGCAAGGUGAAGAGCCAGUACCUGCUGACGGCCAUCCACAAGUGGGACAAGAAAAACAAGGAAUUCAAAAACUUCAUGAAGAAAAUGAAAAAUCACGAGUGUCCCACUUUCCAGUCGGUCUUUAAGUGAAGCUCACGGGCAGGGCGGGUUGGGCCGGGAGCCCUGGGUUGGGGUGAGGGAUGGGGCUGAGCAGACAACGCUGAAACUCACUGCUUCUGUGGGUAGAGAACGUUGUAAUCCCAUUGGCUUUCCUCUUGCAGCAUCCCUACUCUUCCCUCCACACCCUCCUCCAGCCCCAGUAUAGCCAGUAUUUAAAGCCGCACGCCCAGGUAGGGAAACCCUGUUAGAUUAGGAAGUCUUGUCUGAUAUCCAGUCUGGAGCUGCAUGUCACUGGUAUAAGGAGGUGCAAAACCAUUCAACUAGAGACACAGUCCACCAGAGACACACUCACUAAAAAAUGAAAAUUUCCCACACCACAAAAGAGAUUAGGCAAAACCUAAGAGACAGCAGCAAGCACUAAGCCCCACGACUUUGUUUGUGUCAUCACAAAUCACUUGUGAGUCGAUCAGCUAAUCGAUUCCUCUGGAACUAGGAAAUUCUAACUAUUGGGCAGACAUGUUGCUCUCUGUUCCAGGGGAAUUUCUCUUGCUGUCUGCUUUAGGCAGACACGGACACCCACCACACAUACAACUUCAGAUCCGUUCCAGGGAGCAGGAGGUGCAGGGAAGAGAAGCACAGCACAGUAUGUGACAGUGAAAACAAAGGGAGGCCAUGCCCGCCCUGCUUCCCCAAGGAUUGCCUUUCGCUGUGAAUCAACCAGUCUCAGAUGCCAUGCGAGUGACAGCUGACAUCCGCUUCAGUCAGGAUCGAACCCCACUCAUGGGGAGGGCAGCACAUGCCGGCCUUUGUGUGAGGAAGGGAAACACUGUGGCGCCAGGCCCAUGGUUGAGAGAGAUGAUUUUCAGACCCCAGAGGCCUUGGUUAGUGGUUUUUAAAAAUCAUACUUAAGAAAAAUUUAGAACAGUCCAGCAAAUUGUUGUCCCAGUGACUGUAAUUGGGUGAAGAGAUUAGUAUUCUAAUGUCAUCUAUUUGUUCAUUUCACAUUUUCGUAAAGAAGAACAACUAAAAAACCCCACUUUUCAAGGAUUUUUUU